GAGCUCUGCAGCGCUUUCUCCCACGGGUGGGGCCGCAGUGAGCGAUAGUCCAUUGGCCAGCCCCCUCCCCAGGCCCCGGGUUCUUUCCUUAGGUUUUGUCACAAUUUCACAAUUUACUGUGUUGCGAGCUUCAAGUGAUGUUGUCAGGUGGUGAUGUUCAAAGCCCUUAUUUUAAUUUUCAGAGGAGGCCUUAUUUCCCUUGUUUUUCAUGUUUUGGGGGACUGAUGGUUCUGGGGAGCCAGCUGGAACCCCAGGUACCUCUGGAGAAGGGAGUAUGGGUGGGGAUUGUUUUUCAGGAAAGAUGAUACGCCCUAGUCAUGUGGCGUUUGAGGUGGCAUCUGAGAAAGUCUGGCUGCAGGUGUUUAGAGGGAAGGUGGGUACUUUCGAUGGGUGUAAGGUUAGGAACCGAAAGCGAACUUGGAAAACAGAUUUAAGAGCAGAAUGUGGGGAUUGAAUCUUGAGCAGAAAGCACAUAUUCUAGGAAUCUGAGGGGAGAGUGGAACCAUCAAAGCAGAAAAAAUGACCCAAGGUGGUGGGGUACCACAGAAGCCAAAGAGAGAAGAUUUUUAAGGGGCAAGAGUAGGAGGAAGUGGGAUCUGCAUUGCCUACUGCUGGGUAAAGAUCAAGGGAAUAAAGGUAGCUCUUGGCAUUCGGUAAGGCUGAGGGAAGGGUAUAUUGAGCAGCUUCGGUCUGUGAGUCGGAGAGCCCACCAGGCCCAGGUUCAAGUCCCAGCACAACCAUUUACUGUUACCUUGUUAGUGCCUGAUCUGUGGAAUGGGGAUAAUAACAGCACCUAUGCCUGGUGCAUGAGAAGCAGUUAACAACUAGCUUUACAUGUUUGCACUCACUGAAGCCUUACAGCAGCCUACAGAGGAGGAAACUGAGGUACAGAGAAGUUACUGGCUCGAGGUAGCACACUUGUAAAAGUUUGGCACUUUCAUUAUUGCAGUAAAGUAAUGGUAAUUCAAAUUAUGAGGCUAGAGGGGCUAGAAAUGGCCAUUGAUUAUGGACUACUUUUCCAAGAAGUUUUCCUCAUGGAAACUGUUAAUUUAGUUGAUUGUUUUCAAAGACAGAACUGAUUCUCUAAGGUUUGCUCCCAGGCAGUAGCAGCCACAUGUUCCAAUUACCUGGUUUUCUGACAAAAGAACUAGACAUUACUGAUGCCGUAAUUCUUUUAGAGUUUUGGGGUUUAUGCCUGUAAGCAAAUUAGAAGAUGGUUUGAUAAGCAAAUUUACUGCUUUAAUGUAUUUCCUUGAACAUCAUUUUAAUCAUUUAUGUUUUAUCAUUGGGAGAAAUCUUGGUAAUUUACUUUUUCAUGAAAAUAUUAUGAAAGUGUGUCCAGGAUUUCUCUUCAGAAAACUGUACUAAGAAGUGAAAUGUGAUACAGAUUUUUACAUGAGAAAAAGUCAAGUUGCUGAUUUUAGGAAGAAGAAAGAUGGAAAGUGGUGCAGUCCUGCUGGAAUCCAAGUCCUCCCCAUUUAACCUUUUGAAUGAAAUGCACCAGUUACGUCUCCUGGGCCACCUGUGUGAUGUGACCGUCAGUGUGGAGUACCAGGGUGUCCGGGAAGAAUUCAUGGCUCACAAAGCAGUGCUGGCAGCCACCAGCAAGUUUUUUAAGGAAAUGUUUCUUAAUGAGAAAACGGUGGAUGGCACAAGGACUAAUGUCUACUUAAAUGAAGUACAAGUUGUUGACUUUGCUUCAUUUCUUGAGUUUGUCUACACUGCAAAGGUACAGGUGGAAGAAGAUCGGGUGCAGCGGAUGUUGGAAAUGGCCGAAAAGCUAAAAUGUUUGGACUUAUCAGAAACUUGUUUUCAAUUAAAGAAACAGAUGCUAGAAUCGGUACUUUUGGAAUUGCAGAAUUUCUCAGAGUCUCAGGAGGCGGAAGUGAGCAGUGGCACCCAAGUCAGUGUUGCUCCUGACUCUAGGGUAAAUGUGGCCAUGGACAGUCCUCGGUCCAAUGGCCUUUUGGAUGCUUCAGAUUACCCAGUAGAGAAAAUCAGCAACGGCAUGUUGCCAGAUAUUCCACCGAAGAAAUCCAAGGAGAAACUAGACAAGAAAAAAGAUGUAGUUAAGCCUCCCUACCCCAAAAUUAGAAGAGCUAGUGGAAGACUAGCUGGAAGAAAAGUAUUUGUGGAAAUCCCUAAAAAGAAAUACACAAGAAAACUCCGAGAGCAGCAGAAAAGUGCUGAGGAUGACAUGGGGGACUACAAGUGUCCUCAGGAUCAAAGCCCAGACGAUAGGGAAACGGAGAUGGGGCCAGUUACAAAAGAUGUGAAUCCAAAAACUGAGGAUUGUAACAUUGGUGUUGACUUGGAGGAAAUGAUGCAGAAGGCAGGCGAGGAGGAGGAUGAGGAAGAGGAGGACGAAGAAGGGGAUAAGAAGAAGAGUAACUUUAAGUGUACCACCUGCGAAAAAGCGUUUUUGUAUGAGAAGAGCUUCCUGAAGCACAUUAGGCACCACCAUGGAGUUGCUGCUGAGGUCGUUUACCGCUGUGACACCUGUAGCCAGACCUUUGCCAACCGCUGCAACCUCAAGAGCCAUCAGCGCCACGUGCACAGCAGCGAGCGCCACUUCCCGUGUGAGCUAUGUGGGAAGAAGUUCAAAAGGAAGAAAGACGUCAAGAGGCAUGUCCUCCAAGUCCACGAGGGUGGCGGGGAGCGGCAUCAGUGCCAGCAGUGCGGCAAGGGCUUGAGCUCCAAGACAGCCCUGCGGCUUCACGAGCGCACGCACACCGGUGACAAACCCUAUGGCUGCACUGAGUGCGAGGCUAAGUUUUCUCAGCCUUCUGCACUUAAGACCCACAUGAGAAUUCAUACAGGGGAAAAACCCUUUGUCUGUGAUGAGUGUGGUGCAAGAUUCACUCAGAACCACAUGCUGAUUUAUCAUAAAAGGUGUCACACAGGUGAACGACCUUUUAUGUGCGAAACAUGUGGCAAGAGUUUUGCUUCUAAGGAGUAUUUGAAACAUCACAAUAGAAUCCACACUGGAUCCAAACCCUUUAAAUGUGAAGUUUGUUUCAGGACUUUUGCCCAGCGGAAUUCACUUUACCAGCAUAUUAAAGUCCAUACAGGAGAACGUCCGUACUGUUGUGAUCAGUGUGGUAAGCAGUUUACCCAGCUCAACGCCCUCCAGCGCCACCAUCGAAUUCACACAGGGGAGAAGCCAUUCAUGUGUAACGCAUGUGGACGGACAUUUACUGACAAGUCCACGCUUCGGCGGCAUACCUCAAUACACGAUAAGAAUACCCCAUGGAAGUCUUUCCUUGUUAUUGUAGAUGGCUCACCCAAGAAUGAUGAAGGGCACAAGACUGAACAGCCUGACGAAGAAUAUACAUCAUCUAAACUUUCAGAUAAACUGCUGUCUUUUGCAGAAAAUGGCCAUUUUCACAACCUGGCCCAGGUCCAAAGCAGCAUACCUGCUGUGCACGAGAACGGGUCAGCAGACAUAGCCUGCAAGCCGGAUGGUUCCGUGGUAUCCCAGGACUCUCUGCUUGCCACUGCCAUAAGUGAUCUUAGCGAACUGACUCCACAGACGGGCGCGAUGCCCCCACAGCUUCACUCUCUGACCAGUAUGGAGUAAGAGCAUGAAGUUACAUGCCAGGCAGGUCUCAGCCUGCGGACCUUUGUGACAGCUAUACUUGAGAUGGUGCCAGGGGCUAAGAAAAAGAACUGUCCAUGGGCAGAGAUGAUGUGUGCGAGAAUGACUUCCACAGACUCUCCGUUAACUUGCUUGUCUUUGUCAAAGCAUUUUUAAAGCUUUCCCUUAAAAAUCCUGAUCUGCAUGAUCUCAGCUAUACUUUAUCAACAACAAGGCAAUUAACAUAACCUCACCUGAUUCUGGAAACCCUGGUGGUGUAGUGGUUAAGUGCUACGACUGCUAACCAAAGGGUCAGCAGUUCAAAUCCACCAGGUGCUCCUUGGAAACUCUAUGGGGCAGUUCUACUCUGUCCUGAUUCUGGGGUAGGUUGUAUAAAUUAAUCAUUCUGAUGCUUGAUUAUCUUAAUGUAGUUUGGACAAUUGCUUGACUGAAUUGUACACAGUAUUCCCAUCAGCUCAGGAAAUUGCUGUUAGCAGUCUCCCAGGUCUCUCACCCUGGCUUAUCCUUCUGUGUAAGCUCCUUUCUCUGGUACUUUUAAGGUCUUUUUCUACCAAGUCUGAGUCCAAGCUGAAAUCACACUGGGGCCAUGUAUCUUCAGGUGUUUCUUCCCUGUUGAAUUGAGGCAAAUCAGAUCUGCUCUGGGAGCCCUUGUUUGGGACUGGAAAAAUGGAUUACUGCAUUCAUUUUCCUCCUAUUUGUAGGCACUGGAAAAGGAAUGACACGUUGAACACGUGCAAAACAGCUCAGCCUAACUUCUACUCACUUAUGACGUAUGGCGCUAGGAAAUGUGUCGUAAAGUCAUCCUCUGGAAUGAAUGAGAUGUGGCUGGUUUCAUUCCUAAAAAUCUAAUAACAUAAAAGCUAUCCUACCAAAGAUUCUGGCAGCAAAACACUAUAGUUUUUGCAGGGUUGUGAAAAUUAAUCAAGAGGCUAAUUAGGAACACUUGAAUACUGUGUAGUUACUUCAUUUACAAAUAGCAAAAUGAGGUGACUGUGGAAAAUCUUAGGACACCAAGUAUUCGUAUUUUUGACAGGUUUUUCUGACUUAAUUUCUAUAACUUCCAGAGGCCCAGGCUUUCUCAUUUCCACAAAUUACUUCUACGGAAGUAAUUUCUACAUGCUUGUUUCUGAGGGAGCAUGCGAGAAUUCAGCAGAAGGGACCAAAAGCCUUGGCACAUCGAUCUUCCAUCAUACCUUAAGAGUGACUGUGAAGAACCAAUAGCUCUUGCUUAAAUGUUCGUUUGGCUGUCUCCUGCUGAAUAUAUUGCUCAAAAUGAAUUCACAAUGAGAAGAUAACCCUACUGUAUUUGCUAAAGCUGAUUACUGGUUCUGGUGACUCUGGGAUCUCGCCACGUGCUUGUGUGCCUGUACAUGCUUUAUUCACAUACAAUCCUGGACAUUAAAAAGAACCUUAAAGGAGCAGAGUUCUUCUGCUCACUAACGACUUUUCCCCUACAUUUUAAUUUAUUAAACUUGCUGUGAAAAGAGUUUCAUUUUCUAAAAGAAAGGUACUUUAUCCUUAAGUUUCAGGAUGGAGACGUAUCUGCGCUAUGCCAGAAGCUAAUGAGGGAAGACUUUUUUCCUGAGUGUGUAUUUUGUUUUAACUUGUCACAAAGUAAAUAUUAAAGUCAGUGUAAGCUGUUUCAGCCACUGACAACAUUUUUUACACUUGCUCUUGAAGAUAACACUUCAAAUUCAGUUUUGUUAUUGUACAGAACAAAGUGUAUUAACAAAACAUAUUAACUGUAACACAAUCAUUUUAUUCUUAGUAAGAGGAGAGCCUGCCCAGAUGAUGUACUGUUUGAUGGGAUAAAGUCAUCUUGAUGACAAGGAAUUUAAAUAAUAGAUUAUUUUGUUAGCUACUGGAAGAA